CCCAUUCUCCCGUGGGUAAUGAGUGAUCCCACUACACAUAGGAUAGGGACGGCCCAAGAAAGUAGUAAUCAUGCAGGCCGGAAUUAUUGGGGUACACCUAUUUUCCGAUUCAUGGUCAGUAGUUAACGGGAUGACUCAGUGGAUGCCCACAUGGCAGGCCAAUCAGUGGAUGAUCCAAAGUCGGGAAGUAUGGGGUAGGCCGCUGUGGGAGGAAAUUUGGGAGAAGGCCCAGCAUUUAAGGAUAUUUAUCACACACGUGGACGCCCACACGUCCCGAAAUGACGCAGAAGCCCUCCAUAACCGAUAUGUUGACGGCAUAGUUCGAGCUAUGGUAAUACAGAGGGACACCUCGGUGGACCUAGCCAGAUGGGCACACCAAAAGGCUGGGCAUUGGGGGGUACAAGGGACUCUACAAUGGGCCCGGGAUCGGGGUAUAGACCUGCUGGUAGACGAUGUAAAAACCGCAGUGAAUCAGUGUGAGCAAUGCCAACACCAAAGACAGGGAGUGCCCCAGCAUAUGAUGGGGCACAUUCACCGAGGAGAAGGCCCCGGCCAAAGCUGGCAGAUGGACUUCGUGGGCCCAUUGCCCACGUCCCAGGGAUGCAGGCACAUUUGCACAGCGGUGGACACCAUGUCUGGGGUCCUGGUGACCCAUCCUUGUCGCCAUAAUAAUCAGCAGGCAACCCUGCGAUGUUUAGACAUGAUAGAACAAUUCUACGGGAUGCCUAUGCAGGUCCAGAGCGACAAUGGUUCGCACUUUACGGGAGGGCGGAUAAAGCACUGGUGCAACGAAAAUCAUGUCGAAUGGAUAUACCAUGUGCCGUAUCAUCCGCAAGCAGCAGGACUGAUUGAACGGAUGAAUGGGAUCUUGAAGUCCUCUCUUCGGAAGGCGGGGGGGGCGAAUGAUUUGACAAAUUGGAAAAAGAACCUCAUCCGAGUUGUAAAACAAAUUAACAAUCGUCCAUUGGGGAAUGGAGUUACACCCUUAAAUAGGAUGAUAAAGGUAUGUGACACGCCCGAGGCGCGUCCCAUUAAAAUGUGGAAAUUCGAUGCGGAAGCGGAACUGCCAGUCCGGGCCACCCCGGCAUCAGCGGGGCUUGAUUUGCGGGCCUUGACUACCCGGACGUUGGUGCCCCAAGUGCCAACGGCAGUUAAAACCGGCUUGGGAUUAGUUUGCCCUUCCGGGACUUAUGGACACAUUCUCCCACGAUCUGGGUUAUCACUGAAAGGGAUCGAUGUCAUGGGUGGAGUUAUUGACGCAGACUAUCAGGGAGAGAUUGGGGUUAUCCUAGUCAACAUCACCACCGAGCCCUACGUGGUUAAUAAGGGGGAUAAGAUCGCCCAAUUGGUAAUUAAACCUUGUGACAUGUCCACUGUGGAGGAGACGGGGGCCCCUACGAAAAUAACCGAACGGGGAACGGGAGGUUUCGGAUCCACUGAUGUAAAGGGGGCUAAAGUUUGGGUACGCCAGCCAAAUGGCCCUCCAAAACCGGCAGAAAUAAUCGCCCAAGGGAAGGAUAGUUUGGUGACAAUAAUGUAUCCAGGGGACUCAGCCUGGCAUAAUGUGCCGGCAAACCAAUGCUACCUCCGAGAAACAUGAGCCCACGUCUUCUCGUCACCAUAGAUCCGGAUCAUGGCAUGGUGGUGGGCCCUGAAUGUGCUAUGGACUGUUGGAAUCCUGGGUCGGAGUAUGUCAAGACCCGGGUCGGAAGAAACGAAACACAAUGCUGGUGCUCUGGGACAGAUCGUCAGCUGGGAAGCCAGUGACCAAGAGCGAAGGCAGGACAAUUUUACGUGCCCCUCCGGACAACGAUGUGACAUUAUGACUAUCACCAGCAAUUGCACGUUGUAUCGAUGCAAGGGCAGCUUUGAGGAUGCAAACACAACAGUGGCCCCGGGCUGCGCACUGACCAUUCACACCCGGGUGAAUAUGUGUUCCGAAGGACAGUGUCAUGAGGGUGGUAUUGAAUGGACUAUUAUUACCGCCAACGACGAAAUGAGGAUUACCAAUGGGACGCCAAUCACUGGCAGAGGCCCAAUGGACUGGUUAAUCAGGGGAGAGUCUGGCAUCCCAAAACAUCAACCACCUUCCGACUGCCAGUCAUACCCGAAUGUAACCCUAAACGGCGACGACGGGCAUGGUACGAUACCUUGUUAGGAGGGGCAGGGACAGUAAUGGGGAUAUCCAAUGCUAUAGACUCUGAAGUGACCCGUACUAAAUUAUCCAGUACGGGGCAAGCAACUGCACAAGGCCUGUACACUAUUGGCCGAUGGAUGCCGUCGGCCAUGAUGACGCAGGAAGAGACUGCACGAAUUUUGCUGCAUUCCUUAAAAUGGGAAUUGGACGUGUGGGAUUCGACUCAACGGCUGUUCCAAAAUUUUACUGUACAGAUGAACUGGACAAUUUGCGGUAUCCAAAUGCUGCAUGCACAUUUGCAAAAAGAACGAUUUUUACGAAUAGUCACUUCGCCUAAUGUUCAGGCCUGGCGAGGGGUGUGGAACGUAUCUGAGAAAUUAUGGAUGAACACCUAUCCGGACAAAACAUGGUGUAAUGCAACGCUGUGUAAAGGACAUUUUGUAACCUUGAAUGUAACUGAUUUUGUGACGGUGUGCCGAUAUUACGUAUUGCCGGUCAUUACAUCUGAUGGAUAUUACUUUCUCAAAACAAAAGGGAAUUGGUUCAGUCCGGACACCAAUCUUACCUAUGACUUGUCCGCGUGUGAGCAGGCGGAUCAAGGAAAGGCCUGUCUGUUGAUGGAUCGAUAUCGAGACCCGUGCCUUACAGAAGACACGGCUUUGUGUGAAUGGAUGAUUGAGGCACCCCGAGAUAUGAUGUGGCAGAUUGGUCCCCAUACGCUCUGUGUGGCCACUAGUCAUGCCCAUGCCUUACUCCCGACGACCCCUUUUUCAGGUUGCCUUACUGGCAUCUAUCGAUGGCGGUGGCAGAACCAUACUUACCUAUUGACCAAUUACAGCGGAACGCAACACCUCACCACUAUGCAGUGGCAGGUAUGGCUGCACCCUUGGAGUAUCUCGCUAGAGCGUUUUAAACAGGCCCUCGAUCGCUCGGAAGAGCUAAAGCAGAUAUUGCGACAACAUCAAAUCAAUGUUACCCGGGUGACUGUGUCCACCUUUAUACAUGGCCAAAAGGUAGUACACGCUGCUCAUGUAGUAGAGGUGGAAUCCGCCCAUCACUGGUGGGAUCUGUUCAAUGGGCUGUCAACUACGGCACGACGUUCCCUAUUUCCUCCGUUGUUCAUUUUAAUCGGAGUUUUAGUGAUUCUGACCUGUUGUAAUAUACUGACCUGUACGUAUGUUUGCCGUGUGCGGCAGCAACUGGAACAAAACAUGUACAUGUUAUAACAAUGUAUUGCUUAUUAUUAUGUAUUUGUAUAAUCGUUACAUGUAUUGGGCCAAUCAGUGGAAUGUAAUAUAAGGGGUUAACAUGGUGUCCCAAUACAUGCAAGAUUGGAUCCAGGCACCAGUUGACCUUGAACACAAGACGUUGCUAAGAGACUUCCUGUUAUCUACUGAAGGGAGUCGGAGCCGAAACCGCAUGGGAACAAUGCCCAGUACUAAACAAUGUGUUGGACGAGUGCCCAACGCGGACUCAGUGAACUCGGCAAGUAGCGCAUAUAUAAGCCUGGAAAGUCCCCAGUUCGGGGAGUCUGCUCCGGGUUAAGCUAAUCGCUGAGCGUGGGUCACAGGCGGCACCUCCGCAGAACUGACGGCUCCCAGUUCCAGUAAUUCGUGGAGUAAGUAUAUAGCCAAUUAUGCCAGACCCGUUGUGAGUAUCGGACCUGGUUUCUAUCCUAUAUAGGCUAGGUAGGAAACAAGCAAAAUAAAAUAAUAUUAUCCUAG